AUGGUGUUUAAGCAUUUGACCCUUCAUUUUCUCGAGAAGUAUCUGGGAGAAUACCUUGAGGAUUUAGAUACCAAAAAACUGAAAAUUGGAUUAUGGCAUGGGAAUGUGACGAUACGUAAUGUUCAUCUGAAAACGAAUCGAUUGGUAAAUACCAGCGAAGUAAAUCAUAUUUAUUUUGACGUUGAGUUUCAGGAUGAUUUCAAUCUUCCGAUUCGAAUCAAAACUGGCUAUCUCGAACAAUUAACGAUUCAUAUUCCAUGGAAACAUUUGCAUGUUCAUCCAACGCGAAUUUCUGUCCAGGGAUUUUACGUCCUCCUAGAACCUAAAACCGAUAUUAUCUACGACGCUCGAAAACAAGAAGAACAUGAGUAUCAAUCCAAAAUGAAACAAGUCAAAAAAGUUGAAAAGUAUCGUCUGAAGAGAGAGAAAACCGAAUAUUCCAACACGCAUAAUAAACACAGACAGACAUUUUUUCAACGUUUGAAAUUUCAUAUUCUUCGAAAUCUUGAGGUUUCUAUUGAAAACAUUUACAUUCAUUAUCAAGAUAAAUAUAUCAAACCUGGACAUCCAUUCACAUUCACUGUGAUACUCCAUUCGAUCAGGCUGACCAGAACCAAUUCCGAAUGGGAAGAUGUGCAUACGAAAGAACAUUCUAAGAUACUCUACAAAAUCGGCGAAUUGAAUCAUUUAUCAAUGAGUUGGAAUUCCGACGCGCAAUUCGAUGGCAAUUUAUCCAAGGAAGAUCUCAUCAACUAUCUCAAAGCAGAUAAUCUACAGCAAAAUUACAUUCUUCAACCAUUGCAUGCGUCAGCAAAGCUAGAAAUCGCCAGAAAAGCCGAGAAACAGCAUUUUCAACAACCUGUUCUGCAGAGCGAAGUUCUUUUUCAAGAAAUUAAUUUGAAUAUUACUCGAAAUCAAUAUUCGGACAUACUUGAUUUGCUCGAAUAUCACAAUUAUUAUGAUUUGAAAUCCAAAUACAUCAAGUACUAUACAUCGAUCGAUAUCUCUCAGCAUGAUAAACCGAGCCGACGACGAUGGAAAUUUGCUUAUAAUGUGAUUUUGAAUGAGCAAAUUCGUCCUCGACUUGCGUCCUAUCAGUGGAAAAACAUCAAAUUGCACUUAGAUCGAUCGAAGGAGUAUUAUAAUCUCUAUUAUCAGCAAUUAACGAAUCAUCUUCCUAAUGAACACAAGCAAUCUCUUGAAGAAUUAGAACGACAAAUGAAUGCGUUCAGUUUGAUUUAUGUCCGACGAAUUGCUCAAAUCAAAGCAAUGAAGAGAAAGUUAAUGAAAAAAGAAAGAACUCAAUGGGAUAAGCUAUCCAAUUGGUUUAAUCAUCAUCGUCACCGUCAUCGUCAUCAUUACGAGGAGUUGGAUUUUUCAUCGGAUACUGUUAUGUUAGAAGAAGAAAAGGACAAACUCUAUGAAGCGAUGGAAUAUCACGAUGAGCACAAUACAAUAGCUUAUCCACCGGAGUAUGUUGAUAUUAAUCUUGCGAUUCGAUUAAACGUGAUUACAGUCAAUAUUCUGUCAAAUAUUAACGAACAGAAUGCAGAGUUUCGAGUACUUAUCGGCGCAGCUUUAUCAAAUCUUGAUUUUGUGUAUAAACACCGUCCGGCUGCAAAUAAUUUUUCAUUUGAGGUCAAUGUCGAUACAUUUCAAAUAUUGGGCAAUUCAGCCGAAACGAAUCAAAUUAGUCUUAUUCAGUCGCACGAUAAAGUAAAUCAAUUGUUACAUAUCCAAUUUGCAACGAAUCCAGUCGAUCAAAACUGUGAUUAUCAUCUAAUUGCUCGUGCUAAAUCUCUUGAUUUAAUCUAUCAUACAAAAAUUACUGAAAAACUUAUGGAAUUCUUUCUUCCUGAGAAAGAAUAUCAUUUGGAAAAGAUAAAAGAAGCUGCAUAUUCAAUUUACACGGAUAUACAAAAGAAUACACAGUUUCUAUUCAGUGAAAAUCUGAAGAAAAUCAAAGCAUUAGAUCUAGACAUUGAUAUAGAGCCGUUAUUUAUUGUAUUGUUGGGAUGUGACGAGAAGUCAAAUCGGGUGGCAUCAAUUUGUCUAGAUUCAGGCCAUCUAACAUUCAAAGGUGGAGAAAAAUUUCGCCAAGAAAUACUUCAGCAUACUACAGAUAAUCAGCACCAGAAUAGUUCAUCCUUCAUUCCAUUGAAAUUUGCGCUUGAAAACACCAAGUUAGUGUAUUGCGAGAAAGAUUGGAAACAGGUACUUGAUGAAAAUAACUCUUCAUCGCAUAUUAUUCAACCAAUAGCAUUCACCUGUGAUAUUUACAAAUCAGUGUGCACAGAUCGUAUGGAUGAGCCCAUCUGGAAUAUUACUAGUGGUGUUUCGAGGGUGAUAUCUAAUCUAUCUGAUAAGCGUAUAUCAGAAAUAGUCAAAGUCUUUCAAUCUAUUCAACUGCCACAAACGCGAAGACCAUCAAACAAUCCAUAUAAAAUUCAAAAAUUGAAUUCAAAUGAUAAAAAAUAUAAACUUAGCGUAAAACAACUUUAUCGAGCCGUGGAAGAUAUUACAUCAGCGACAACAACUGUUUAUGAGGAGGGAACUCAACAGAAACAACUCGAACCACAUCGGCAAUUAACUGAAAUUCAGCUCUAUUUCCAGAUUCCUUCCAUCAAUUUAUACCUGAAUCAAUGUUCAACAGAUGUAAGUGAGCCAUUGAUGGAAAUCGUAUUGACAUCAAUCGUUACUGAAGCAAAAAUGAAAACUUACGAUAUUGAAUUUGAUUUGUCACUUCAAGAUGUAACUAUCAUUCAUCAACAGUUCAAAACAGAGGAUAAUAAGAAAUUUUCGCUGUUGAGCAAGCAACAUCAAAAUAAAACUUUUACAAUCGCUGGAUUACUAACAUCGGUUGAUAAUCCAUUAUUUUCAGCGGCUCCUUAUAAUUCAAUUGAGAAUCAAAUCUCGAUUACUAUGAGUCAACUCAUCUUAAAUAUUCAAUUAGAAAUAAUCCAGUCAAUUCUGAUGUUUAAAAAUAACAUUUCUAAGCAAUUAGUAUUCAAGCCGUCAACUAAAACACAAUCUGAAACUAUUACAACUGAUACGAAAACGGUUCAACGUUCUGAUUCACAAUCAUUUAAGAUAGUAUUCAACAAUGAAGAAUUUGGUAUUCUGAUUGGGAAUGAAUCCUCUCAAUUAUUUUAUAUGGCAUUGAAAACCAUACAGGCUAGUUUCUGUCGCACACGAGUGAAAAUGAUGGGUCACUUCAUUAUACAUGACUUCGUUCUUCUCGAUCCAUCAAAUCAAUGUCGAUUUGAUGCAAUUGUUUCAAAAGAAAAUAAUCAGAAUAAUUUGCUCUCACUAGAUUUCUCAUUAUUCAAUUAUUCCGAAAAUCGCUCUCCUCCAAUAGACUCAUACGUUAAAGGUCGUUUGGAUAAACUCAAUAUAGUUCUUCUUUAUAAACAUAUUCAACUUCUUUUAACUAUUAUUCAAUCCUUUAAUCAGAAUACUUCAAAGCGAAAGAAAGUUUCUCGAACGAAACAACAAUCUUCAUCUUCGCACAGUCGAUUNAAUUUGCUCUCACUAGAUUUCUCAUUAUUCAAUUAUUCCGAAAAUCGCUCUCCUCCAAUAGACUCAUACGUUAAAGGUCGUUUGGAUAAACUCAAUAUAGUUCUUCUUUAUAAACAUAUUCAACUUCUUUUAACUAUUAUUCAAUCCUUUAAUCAGAAUACUUCAAAGCGAAAGAAAGUUUCUCGAACGAAACAACAAUCUUCAUCUUCGCACAGUCGAUUUUCAAAACUUCAUUUUCAAAUCGAAUUGCUGGGACCAAGACUAUUCAUACCCAAGCAUUCAUAUUCCUUUGAAGCUAUACUGGUUGAUUUCGGACAAAUAGCAUUGAAAACUGCCUCGCCGAAGGAUGAAACAUACGUCCUCGCCUUUAAAAAUUUAUCAAUCAAUCGUGUGAAAAUGAAUAAUAAUAAUCAAGUUAUUGAAACAUUCCAUUUAUCCGAAUGCUCAUCAUUGAAUACAUUUAUCAACUAUUGCUCGAAUGUGGAAAAUAUUCAAUCGGAACAAACGAUGCUGUCGAUAAAAAUACAGUGGAAUCAGUUGGAUUUCACAAUUGCUAAAGAUGAUUAUCUAUUUCUGAUACAAAUGAUCAAAGGAAAUUUUACCGAAAAGAUUUCUAGCGGUGCGCCUCCGAAAGAACAGAGGAAAGGAAAUAACGAACAAUCAAAUGUAAAUAACAAGAAAGUGUAUCAAUUACUCAUGAUCGACGUCCUAACGAAACGAGCUAGUUUGACGCUUUGCAAAGAUCAUAUGUCAACACCUGAUUCGAAAUUGCUUUGUUUCAAUCUUAGUGACCUUCAGUUAGAUUUUCAGUUGGCAUCAAAUGCAACUUAUCGAGGAGAAAUACAUUUACACACUCUGUUUGCCGACGGUUUGUGUCAACCUAAUUCUCAAAACUCCAUUUCACGUUUAAUAGAUCGAAAGUUUGAUCUAGAACAAAAUGCUCCAAUUUUAAGUCUGAGUGCAUCAUCCGAACAAUCGACUAUCGACAGUCGGUCGAUGUCUCUGCGAAGAAUAUUUUCGAUAAACGGACAAAUUCAAAGCAUCUACAUUGGCAUUAGUGUUACAUACUUACUUGCUUUGAAAGACUUCUUCAUCAUAGAUCCAUCAACAGCAGAAGGAGCACCAUAUCCUCUUGAAACAACUGCUCAUCAAUCGAAAUUACAGAAUAUACCAACUCCUGCUAAGCACACAUCAAACUCUAAUUCAAUAGAACAGGACCUGUGUACAAAUGACGAUUUACAAACAGUUGCCAAUAACCAACAUAAAGAAUCUUCUGUUGAAUUAAACAUCUCUUUUACUAUGCAACCGUGUCAAUUCAUUUUUAUUGAAGAUGAAAAGAACAAUCAUUCGAAUUGCCUUGUUGCCGAAUUACCUGUCGUGUUCAAAAUGACCAGUCUGAGUGGAACUCAGAAAAUCGCUGGUUCAACAAAAGAUCUGCUCGUUUAUGCUUCUAAUUUUGACGAAUUAAGACAGUCAGGAGCCAUCAAAUAUCGUAUAUUGAAACCAUGUGAGAUUUCUCUAUCUGUUGCAAUAACAGCUGCUGAACAAAUUAUCGAUGUUCAUAUCGGAGAUAUCUCUAUUGAUGUCAAUCCGAUGUUAAUUCGUGCCAUCAUUUCGAUUGUGAAAUCGUUGAACAAACAACAAGCAACUAUGAAACAGGAGAAGGACAAAUUCGAUUCAAAAACGCUAUUCGAUCCCAAACCAUUCAAAGAUUCGAAUUUUUGGUUCAUCCAAGAUUCUCAAGAAAAAGAAAACAGAUUGGAACAGACAGAUAUAUUAGAAAUAGCAACAGGAUCACCACUACGAAAGAAACAACGUGUUCGGCAAAAAAAUAAAAAACCAUCGACCAAGCUCAUGCAUCAGCAGUUUACUGCCGAUCUCAACAUUGUGGAAGUUAAGUUUCAACUCGGCACUGGAUCAACCACACGCCCUGUCAUAGCUCUAUGCCUGUCAAAAAUAUACGCACAAUUCCAAGAUUGGUCAUCCAAUCUAUCUGUUUCUUCAUCGAUUCAAAUUGAAUUAGCUUUAUUCAACGAUCAUCUACUUGCUUGGGAACCAUUGAUCGAACCAAUUGUUGAUCCACGCGGUCAAAUUGUAUCGCCUUGGUCAAUCAAAUGCCAUACUAAACAUGAUGACGAAAUUGAUGAAAUCGAACUCGAGACAUUGCUUAAUGAAGAAAAAUCGUUAAACUGCAAAGCUGAAAGUGAACGUCUGACACAUUUUGACAUACAGAAUACUGUAUUCAUUCGAGCGGAUCAUUUAUUGAAUGUCACUCUGACGAAGACAAGUAUCAUCCUUGCUCAACAUCUAUUCACAAUGUUAGGUGACGUAUAUAAGAACGAAUAUGCAGCGAUAGAACAUGAUGAUCGAUCGAUCUUGUCAAUACACAAUCAAACCGGUUAUCACAUUAGUAUUGGAAAAUUUAUUGGUAUCAAAUUCAUUGAAAAUAAUCAUUCGGAUGAAGAUGUUUAUCUGCGUGACAAAGAAUCGAUUAAAUUAACUGUAUCUGCUGAUCGUCUCAGUGCAACUCAUCUCCCAGCUAUUUCUGAGCAAAUCGACAAACGAAAACAGGAAUUUUCUGUUGAAAUUGAAGGUAAAAUAAUUCAAAUAGACAUCAAUCAAACCUGGAGACGAGUCUAUGAGAUCGAUGCGUCGUCAAUACCAAAUUGGCCAAUUCAGUUACUUUGCGACUCACAGAUUCACGAAGAUCGUCGACGAAUUGUUCUCAGCUCGAUUAUCAAAGUAACCAACCUAACAAUAAUGCCUUUAAUUCUUCUGGAUCCAGAGACAGUUGAAACAAAGAAAUUUCACCGUAUAGCUCGCAUCGAUGUCAAUCAAGAAUUCUAUGUGCCCAUUCAAUUUCUGUAUCUUCGAAUGAGCCCACGCUUAUAUUUUACGAUUGAUACUGAUGAUUCUAACGAUGAAGUCUAUGAUUUUAUGUCGUUUGAAUGGGCAAUUGAACCAAGCAGUGAUCGAGUGCUGAAACGACCGGACGGCAGUCAAGUUAAUUAUGUGAUACAUAAGGAAUCGAUUGAAGCCUAUUCAGAGAACACUGAUGAACCUAUUCGUAAUUCAUUCAACAUCUGUGUUCAAUUAGCUCUUCAUCUAAUUAACUUUCUACCAAUACUUAUUCAAUGUCGAAUCGACAAUUCUAACCAGAUCGAAUUGAGACCAAGUGAAUUAUGUCACGUGCCAAUUGGAAAUAAAAAAUCCGUCCUCGUUUUCAUAAUUCCCUCCUACAAGAAUACCAAAUGGAUAUCCGAAUCGGUCGACCUGAAGAACGAAGGUGAUGGAAAUCACAAUGAACAUCUGAUCAUAUUUCAUGACGAUACACCAAAUCAAAUCUUAAGAAUGAUAUUGCGUGUUGAAAUCUGUCGUCAUUCAUAUCGCGCUUCGUUCUAUUGUCCAUACUGGAUUGUAAAUACAACUGAUCUCCAAUUCCAAAUCAAGAUUGAACAUGAGAAAAUCUUUAUUGAUGAAACCGAUCAAACACAUCUUGUCUGUCCACGAAAGAUUCACGGUGAAUCGCAUAAAAAGAAAGCACACAUUCGUUUGUAUGAUGACAAAGAAGAUGAAAGUAUUUCUCAUUGGUCCGAAAGUUUCUCCAUCAAUGUUAUCAAAAGUACUGGUAUGACCACUUGUAAAGUUUCGAAUGAUCGACUUUAUACAGUUUGUAUCAACAUUGAAACCUGUUCGUUCGGUAUGUCGAAAAUCAUCACCAUUGCUCCAUCAAUAUUCGUUAUCAACAAUUCAUCCAUCGAACUUGAAAUUAUCGAAAUGUUGAAUGGUAACGAACAAGAUAAAUGGAAAUCUCUCAAAGCUGAACAAGUAAUUCCAUUUUGGCCACACCAGAUAAAAGACGACAUGCUGUGCGUACGUUAUGUACACAAUCAAGAAGCAUUGGCGUGUAUUCCGAUCAGUAAUAAAUAUCGAACGUUAUUGCGUAUGAACGAUGAACGGUAUCCGGCGAUCGAUGUUCAAAUUCAUAUAACAGAUUUCGAUGGAUAUCGAAUUGUUUUUUCGGAUUAUAAGACAGGAGAUGCGCCAAUUUUGCUUGUGAAUACGUUAAUUGACCAGUCGAUUACAUUUUCUCAAAAAGGAGAUUCACAAGCACAGGUAUUACCAUCUCAACAUUAUCUCUAUUACACUUGGAAUGAUCCGUUCAAGCCAUAUGAAUUAACCAUUUCUGCCGAUACGGAAAGUGUAACAAUCGAACUUCAUCCAACCUAUGGCGUGUUAGACCAAAAGAUUCAUUACGCCGUAUUUCACGAUGGUCCACAAACUGUUCUGUUAUUCUCUUCUGAUACAUCCAUCAUUGAAUCAGUAACUGAUACUUCACUUGUGGAAGAGCCAAUUCGCAAUUACAUCCAGUUAAUUGUUCAUAGUAUUGGCGUAUCGAUCAUCAAUGACAUCACUCGCGAUGAUUUAUUAUAUGUAACAAUCAAUCCAUCUAAAGAUAUCUGGACAACAAAGCAUAAAUACGACCUCGAACCUGUUCCAGCGCCGCUUAAUCUCCAUUUAGAGGAAAACUAUACAACGUAUAUCAAACAUCGAUAUGAUCAACAUCCAAUCAGAAGGGAAAUCCGUGAAGAUCGAUACACAAUCGAUAAUAAUCUCGUUGUCUCAUUCGAUGAAAAUAUUGGUGAAGUAAGCGAUGAACACGGUCGUUCCGUUCAUGUUAUACGUCAGAAACUUGAUGCACUGUGGAUUGGUUACGCAUGGUCCAAAAGUAAUGUUAUCGUUCAUGCACGAGUUCAACAUAUUCAAGCUGAUAACCAACUGAGUUGUACACUAUUUCCAACGCUCGUUUAUCCGAUUGCUUCGAAAACAAAUGCGAUAACAUAUCUAAGUGACAAACCAUUGAUUGAAUUGAGUUUGUUCAAAAGUCAAUCGAUCAGAUCGAAUACGAUUGAUAUAAGAUAUUUUAAAAUAUUAAUCCAAGAAUUCGCUCUUUGUGCUGAUCAAGGUUUUAUCUUAGCUUUAUUUGAAUUUUUCAAGCUCAAUCAGAAUCCUCUUCCACCUAAGAUUAACAUGAACCGAGACAUCACUCUUCUACACAAACCCCUGGAAUCUUUCGUCAAAGCUGAUACAUACAAAUCGUCAUCUGAGACCCUCAUCUACUUCGAUCAUCUGCAUUUAUCUCCUUUAAAAAUUCACGUUAGUUUUACAAUGCACGGUUCGAAGCCAGAUAAACAACUACUUGCCGAGUAUCCACUAGCCGACUUUCUCUUGCAAAUUUUAAAUCUUGCCGAAGUUCAAGAUGUAACGUUGAAAUUGAAUUUUUAUGAGCGACAAAAUGAUCGGUACACGAUUGAAAAACUACGAAAGGAGAUUUUCAAACAUUAUGAACAUCAAUUUUUCGAACAAAUUCAUGUGGUGAUUCUCGGUCUUGAUGUUUUGGGCAAUCCAUUUGGGAUGAUCCGAGGAGUUGCACAUGGCGUUGAAUCCUUCUUCUAUGAGCCCUAUGAAGGCGCUAUGGCAGGUUCAAAAGAGUUCAUCCUCGGAGUUCGGCAUGGUACCCGCAAAUUAGUGGGCUCAGUCAUUGGUGGAACUGCCGGUGCUCUUUCGAAAGUUACCGAUGCAGCCAGUAAAAGUUUAGCAACAUUAACAUUCGAUAAAGAAUAUAAGAAUAUUCGAAUCAAGCGAAAGGAACUAGAUGGAACAACAUCUUCACAUAUUCUCUCAAGUGGAAGACAUACUGCUAGGGAUAUCGUGACAAGUGUCAAAGAUCUUGUUAAGAAACCAAUUGAAGGUGCGAAGGAACAUGGGCAUGAAGGUUUUGCUAAGGGCGUGGGAAAGAGUAUGAUUGGUCUUGUUGCUAAACCAACGAGUGGAGUUGCUGAUUUGACCAGUACAUCAUUAAAUUCGUUGAAAAGAGCUGCAACGCAUGAACAAGUCAUUCGUCGUAUUCGCCCACCACGGCAUAUUGGUCGUGAUGGAAUUGUCCGUCCGUCGAUUGCACACGAAAAAUUAGGAAAUUUUAUGUUUGAUAACAUCGAUUUCGAAAAUUCAGAAGAUUAUCUUGCACAUAUUCGUUGCUUUGAUCAGCUGGAAAGUUAUUUCUUCGCAACAACAAAACGAAUUUUAUUGAUGAACGAAACGUUUUCAUCAACGAGAGUUUAUGAGAUAACAUGGACAUGUUAUUAUAAACAAAUUAAAAAUUUACCUCAAGUGAAAUUCAACCCGAAUCAUAUUGAAAUCAAUUAUCGAGAUAUUAACAAGCUUCACAUGACGAAACACGAUGAAGUGCACACGAAAUUAGUUCCGUACCAGAUGGUCGGCGAAGCUCGGUAUAUCGUCGAUAGAAUCAUCGAAACGAUGCAUACAUUACAAGUUUAA